AUGCCUGAUAAUACCACCGGCUCCUCCUCCGGGAAAGACUACACCGUUACAAGUUCUGGGACGAAUGACCAGGGCAACCACUACUGCCAUCGCGAGUCCAGCGGUGGUAGUGGCUACCAUUAUUCCAACAACAAUGGGAGUUACUACUACCAGAACCCAAACGGUUCCACAUACUACGACAGCGGCAAGGGGUAUUCUCAGUACACCGCUCCCGACGGCUCUGUCCACAAGAAGUAA